AUGGCCAUAGGUGAAGAAUAUGUGGAGGCUUUUAGGACUUGGAAAGUACCAACAUGUACCAAGGAGGUGGAACAGUUCUUGGGAUUCGUGAACUACCAUCGAAACUUUAUCAAAGGGUAUUCAGCCAUUGCGAAACCCCUGACAUUAAUCACAGGAAAGAAACCUUUUGAGUGGGGCCAGGAACAACAAAAAGCAUACGAUACCUUAAAGAGUGCGCUGCAAACAACUCCAGUGUUGACAUUGCCAAAUUCAACUGACAAGUUUAUUUUGGACACCGAUGCAUCGAACAAUGCCAUUGGCGCGGAGCUCUUACAGGUACAAGAUGGACAAGAGAGGGUUGUUGCAUAUGGUAGUUUCACCUUAUCUGCAGCACAGAGGAGGUAUUGUACCACUAGGAAAGAAUUGUUGGCAGUAGUGCGCUUCACACAGCAUUUUAGACAUUAUCUCCUGGGUCGAGAAUUCCUGGUGCGCACAGAUCAUAGCAGUCUACAGUGGCUGAUGAACUUUAAGGAGCCACAAGGGCAACUUGCGAGAUGGUUGGAGGUCCUCAGCCAAUAUCAUAUGCAAAUUCAACAUCCUUCUGGGAAAAAACAUGUGAACGCAGAUGUUUUAUCUAGGCUGGACGACAAUGGACCUUGCAAGGAGAUGUCAAUUUUUAACCCACCUUCAUCUCUUCCAUGUGGGGGAUGUAAAUAUUGUGUGAAAGUUCAUGAGAAGUGGCAAGAUUUUAUGAAAAUUGAUAACGUUAUCCCACUAGCCGAAAAAAAGAAUAGGGGAAUAACAGAAGAGGCGGAUCAAAACUUUACUGUUGUACAGGAAAUUGUUAUUCAUGUACCAAAUGCCACAAACACAGAGACAAUCAAAACCGAGGAGGUAGUAAGCAUAAACUCAGUUGCGACAAGUUAUGGUAUCCAGUAUACAACCGAUCAGUUGUCUGCUGAACAAGCUAAAGACAAAGAUCUGCAUCUGGUAUUACAUUGGCUGAAGAACCAGGAAGAACCAGCAGAGACGGACCUGUUUCUAGCAGAUCAAGCUGCCAAGAAAUACCACAUCAACAGAGAGCAAUUUUUCUUGGAUAGUGAUGGAGUUCUUCGUAAUAGGUCAAAGAACAACCUGACCAGCAACUCUCGGACAGAUUGGGAUGAGUACCUUCCUCAACUGGCAGGGGCAAUCAGAUUGUCAGUGAACAGGAUGACGGGCCUAACACCCAAUAUGAUGAUGUAUGGACGAGAGGUUAACAUGCCAGCUGACUUGGUUUUUCAGUCUCCAGCCUCCGAUACCACUACAUAUGAGGCAGAAUAUGUCUGCAAACUAAAGGAAUCUAUUAUUCGGGCUCACGAGAUUGCAAGACAAAAGUUGAAAACCUCUCAUUCCUAUAUGAAAAGGGACUACGACGUUCGCAUACGCCAGGUGGAAUAUAAGCCAGGAGAUUUAGUCUAUAUUUUGAAUAUGGCAAAUCCCAAAGGCAAAAGUAAAAAAUUAGAGUCUCCGUGGAAAGGGCCGGGAGUAGUCCUAGCAAAAAUAACAUCAUAUGUUUACAAAGUGCAGCUAGAGAAAAUGAUAACCGUCAUUAAUCACUACCGAAUGAAAAGAUGUUGUGACCUCGAGACACCCACUUGGGUAAAAAAGAAACAGAAGGAGGUGAUUGAUGGUGUCCCGGCAAAUCUGGAUACUGGUGAUUUGGAAAUAUUCUGUUUCUGUCGAAAAGGGGAUAAUGGAUCGUUCAUGAUACAAUGUGACAGGUGUGAUGAGUGGUAUCAUGAUGAUUGUGUGGGUGUGAAUGCAGAGCUAGCAGAUAAGUGGACAGAGUAUUUCUGUCCAGCCUGCCAGAGAAAAAGAAAGAAAACCCAAAAAGCAGUGUAUUAG